AUGUCAGUGCUCGAAUCCGGUACAGGGCAGGGUACCCAUUCCCCUGCAUCAUCGCCCAUUGCCACCCAUUCGCCGCCGCCCGCCUCCCCGGCACCCAAAUCGCCGGUGUCAUCGCCGCCAUCGGCCGCCACUCCCAAGAUCUCCCCCUCUGCUCCUCCGGUGCACCCACCCGCGGCUCCUACCCCAGCUCCCGCUACACCAGCGAAAACCCCGGUGAGCACCCCGGCACCGGUUCCGUCUACUUCUCCGGUAUCUUCGCCGCCGGCUGUAACUCCGGUGGCGGAUGUCCCGGCAAUCGCUGCGACCCCCACGGUCCCGGGAACACCGGCAGAGGCGCCGGAGAUUUACCCAUCGAGCAGUAGCCCACCAAGCCCAUCGCCGGCGAGUUCAUCGCCGGAGGUUGCUCAGGAUUCUGCUGGUGAUGCGUCGGGUUCGGGUUCCUUGAAUGGUGCUCGGGUCAUUUUCAGUUGUUUGGGUCUUUGGGCUGUUUUGGCCAUAGAUUAA